CGUCGUAACACUAAUGCUAACUCACCAACUGGUAUCUAUCGCUGUGGUAUUCCAACUCUUGCUGUCCACGAUGAUACUGACAUCUCAGUGAGAGACACAGUCUAUGUGGGACUGUAUCCUGCCAGUGGAGGAGAUGUUUCAAUAUCUGGAGGAGUGACAUUUGACUCCGACCAGCUGACCCUCACCUGUAUCUCCACUGGUGGACCUGCUACCACUGUCACUUGGACCAGAGACUCCACCACUGUCACCCAAGGAACCCAGACUGUGUUGAAUGACCCAGUGACUGCACAGUACACCCACACUCUGACUGUGACUACUGAAGGACUAUACACUUGUACCGUGGCUAAUAACAAGCCAUCUUCUGACUCAGCUAGCACUGUUGUAGCAGUUGGACUCACUGUAUCAGCCACUCCCUCAUCCUCUACCUCCCUCACCAUCUCAUGGACACUGGAGGACAGUUUGACUGCUACCUCCUACACCAUCUCCUACUUCAACACUAACACUGACUGUUUCACUCACUCCAGAAGUGAUAUCUCUCCCAGUGGGACAUCAUACACUCUGACUGGUCUAGAGGAGGGAACUGAGUAUUCUAUCACUGUCACUGCCACUCUGACUGGGAAUGGAGGGACUCAAGAAGGCAGCACCACAGCCACCACACUGACUGCUGCUCCAUCUGCCCCUCUUACUGUUGUGGUGGUGAGAGUGGAGAGUUCCACUAGUAUCACAGUGCAGUGGGGACCAGUGGAGUGUAUACAUCAGAAUGGAGAGAUAACAGGCUACAUGGUGAGGUAUGGGGAGGAGGGGAGCAGCGAGGAAGCCAGGAGUGUUCAGAUGGUGUCAGGAGACUCCAGUGGAAGAAUGACCAGAGUGUCUGGACUGACUAAAGAGACAGUCUACACUGUUCAAGUGGCAGCAGUCACCAGUGGUGGUACUGGAGUCUACAGUGAUACUCUCACGAUCCAGACUCCUGCUGAUGUCUUCCUCAGUCUGAAUGGAGCUGUCAUCCCUAAUAACGGCCUUUUGUACAUCAGUGAUAUUGGCUCCACUGAUGACACUGCUCUACUGUGUAUCACUAACCGUCCUCCACCA